AUGGUGGCCAUAACGCCUCUGAUUCUUCUAACUCUCAAUUUUCUCGGAUUUACGGAUGGCCUCCAAUGUUAUAGGUGUGUUUCACCUUAUAUUAUAGAUGUAAGUCUUGAACCGUUACUUCAGUUCAUCCGUUUAUUUAUUUUUUUAGGUAAUAAAUUAAUGGUUUUUGUUAUUUCAGAUAUGGAACCAAGUGAAUUUGACUAGAAUGAAUCCUGGCGAUGAGGUAAUGGGAACAAGUAAAUGUCUGAAUGCCUCGAUGAACAUAGAAACGGUCAGAUGUUCUGAAUGUGGACUUCUAAAGGUUUACGGUGUUAUUAAUCACGAGGAAUAUUUGUUUGGUAAGAAUACUCACUUAGUCGCCUUUUUUAUAUUGUACUACUUGACAAGCAAAUGUAUUUCCAGGUGUAAUGAGAGACUGUGGCAGUUCACGGUCCUUCCGAAAGUUGAAGUCACAAGUUAAUGAAGACCAGGCCGAUUCCUUUGAGUCCAUAAUUCCGUCCAGAAAGACCUCCCGAACCCUCCAUUUCAGAAUUUGCCAUGAGGAUUACUGUAACGGCCAGAAACGGAAGUCCAACUUCUUCUCACCCAACUCUUCGUUUUCGUUUUACUCCGGUUAUAUUCAGGUGGUAUUUCCACUCUUUUUAACAUUCGUAAAGGUUUUGUAA